AUAUGGAGUCGUGUGUGUCUUCGUACAGUGAUUAAAUAUUUAAUUUAAUGGUGUUAUUUUCAUACCUUAAGUGAUAAUAUUCCUUUGAAAUGAAACGAAAAAGUUUUCAUUGCCUUCUUUCAAUAAUUGCUUUAGGGUUUUCGAUAGAUCUGUGUAAUAGUUUGGACGAUCCUUACAAGACCCUGGGGAUUCCAAAAUCGUCCACAGUUCCUGAAAUUAAGAAAGCUUAUAAACAAUUAGCCAAAGAAUGGCAUCCUGAUAAAAACGACGAUCCAUCAGCUGAAGACAAAUUUGUUGAAAUAACCCAGGCUUAUGAGUUGCUCACGGACCCAGAACGGCGCAAGCAGUUUGACACGUUUGGUCGGAUGGAGGAGCCUCGACCACGUCAUGAAUACCGGCGCUACGACCCUGUUGACGAUCUCUUUGCCGGAACCGGUUUUCGGUUUCAGUACUCGGACCGAGAUAUCACACUCUUCCAUAAACUCUCGAUUACUACAAGGGCUUUUGAAAAUAUGUUGGUACCCAAAAGUUACCGCACCCCGUAUCUGAUCCUCUUCUACUCGGACUGGUGCUUUGCCUGUCUACAAGUGGAGCCGGUCUGGCGACGAAUCAUGGAGGAACUGGAGCCAAUCGGAGUCGGCAUUGCUACAGCACACGCUGAGAAUGAGCCGAUGCUCGCUCGUAGAGUCAGUAUCCACUCUCUGCCUUGUCUCAUCAUACUUGUCGACGGCAAACCCAUUGUCUACAAGGAAAGUUUAUUCAGUGUGCAAAAAGUUGUAGAGUUUGUGCGCAACAAGUUGCCGUACCGGUUGAUUCAGAGUGUGACGGAUGAUGGUUUGGAUGAGUUUCUCGCAGGCUGGGUGGACAACAAGGUGCGUGCACUGGUGUUUCAGCGACAAGGCCCGGUGAGACUGCGCUACCUACUGACCGCCUUCGCUUAUCGGGACAGAGUUGCAUUUGCGUUUGUACAGACCAACACAGCCAAGGGCGAGGCAGUCAGAGCCAGACUGCAAGUACCUCCUGAUAUGGACUCACUGUUGUUGUUCAAUGAGAACACAGAGCGGCCUGUGGCUAGUGUGUCCAUGAUCAACAUACCAGUACAGACGCUACAGGACGUCAUCAACUCCAACAAGUACCUGUUACUGCCGAGGCUCUCCUCUCAGGAAUUGUUGGAUGCGUUGUGUCCUGCGUCUCCUCGUAAGCGGCUGUGCGUGCUGCUCGUCUCGCAGAACACCCCCCACCACGAGCCCCACCGACAGAGUCUGCGUAGGUUUGCGCAGGAAGCCAACUAUGCAGACAAAGUAUGCUUUAUGUACAUUUUCCAGGAGCGCCAAGUGGAGUUUGUACACGCUUUACUUUCAGGUGAGAGCAGCCCAGGUCAGCCGUUGGUCGCCAUUUUGUGGCGUAGAGACCAGAAACACAUCAGGUACGAGUGGCUACCCGAGGGACAAGACUGGGCGAGUUACAACACGACCAAGCAGCACCUGGAGCCAGCCAUCGAGAGGCUCCUUCGGGCUACUCAGGCUAUGACUCACGAGGCUGUGAUAGGAGAGCUGAUUGAUGAGCAGGCACAAGGGAUCAUCUCUAAAGUCAUCACCAAACUGCUCAUCACCUACGACAUCUUGCGAGACAACCUGGACAAGGAACACAUCCUUCCUGUGGUGUCUGUCAUCGCCACUGUCGUGGUCAUACUGGCAGCCGGCUACUUGAUGGCUUACCUAAUGAAACUGGAAGAGACACGGGUGCAAGAGGAGUUUGCAAGUAAACCGCGCAAGGGCAAGACCGCAGUGUACCAACCGUCGCUGAAGCUACACGAGCUGCGCGCAGAGACGUACAACGGACUGGUUCGACUGCUGCGGCCGGGUUGUCGGACAAUACUGCUGCUGUUAGACACCCAGAGCAGACCUGUCCUGCUGCCCAAGUUCCACAAACAUGUCUGGCCGUACCGCAAAAACAAGACACUCAUGUUUGCUCAUCUAAACCUUGACAGAGGACUCUCAUGGUACAAAGAGCUUCUACAGCUGAGCCUUGCUGAGUCUCGUGAUCAGCCACUGAACGUCAACCCUCGCAACUGCAUCGGCACUGUGCUGUCUCUCAACGGCCUCCGCAAGUACUUCUGCAUGUACCACGCCAAACACCCUGAGUGUCUGGGUACAAAGGGCACCCGGCGGAUGAAGAGGAUGACCAAACAGCUGUCUGUGGACCCGGCUGGCUCCUUCAUGGGCUUUGAUGAGACAGACUCAGAGGAGAGUGACCUCUCAGAUGUGGAGCAGGGACUCAAGCCUAUAACUCAGAACGGUGACAAGUAUAGCCAUGUGAUUUUCCAAGAGAAUCUACUCGAUGGGCUUCCAAACUGGCUGGACAGAUUGUUCGAGGGAACAACUCACAGAUAUUACAUCAACUACUGGCCCGACUUCAACGCCAAAUGAGAGCCUUCGGUCAUCCAACGUACAUUUAGUUACGGUCAUCGGUGACGUCGCACGAUCCCUACGCGUUUAAAUAUUUUUGUGUUCGGAUUUUUUAUAAAAGUUUACAUGAAUUCAAAGGGUAUUAUUUCAAUAAGUAAUAUGAAUAGGUUUAUAGAUCUUAUCUGGCAAUCGAUUAAUUUACUAUCACGUAGAGUAUUUGUUAUGAUUUUAUUCAAAUAUUAGUAGAUUUUAUAAUGUUGUAUCUUGAAGUGUUUUUGUCACACAAAAAAUAAGGAGAACAAAUUUAGUACCUAUCCUAUGUGUAAUAAUUUUUAGUUUUAGUUUUUAUGUCUUUUUUUAACACUAGACUAAAAAAGCUAAACACAAUUUAAAACAAUCAUUUUAGAGGCAGCCUACCCUUGAAAUAUUUAAGGUAAUUGUUAUUCCAGUUUUUAUUUUAUUUAUUAUUUUAUAGAUUUUAAAAAUAAAAUUUUGUUCGUUACAUGUUAUACUAAUGAACUACACUUUCUAAUUAGGCUGUGAAUUGUUAAGUAAAAUGUUGUCAAAGCCUUUAAAAUCAUAUUCCGGUUAAACUCGUAGUAUUAUAUCAUCAACAUCGUAAUGAAAUAUUUAACCAUUAUCAUCAAGACCCUAAUCAAAAGUUAGAUUUCUUUUACUGCUAACUAAUAUAAAGUUGUAUUAACAUCUUCAUUAAUCAUGAUUGUGUUUUAUUUUAUUGUUAAGUAACUGUUACAAAAAGAAACUAUUGUUUGCAAUGUUUUAUUGUUUAGUGUUCAAUUUCAUGUUCAUUGUCAAUGUUUGUACAAUGCUUGUUUCAUAUGUGUAUAUAUUACUGUAUUGUACAGUUUGUAUUGUUAUAUACUAGCUUGUAAGCUUUUAUUAUUACUACAGUCAUAGGUAUUAAAUACUGAAAAGUAAUAAGAUAGAACAUGAUGUAAAAUUAAAAUGUGCACUGCAUGUGUGAACGAGAAACCCACCACUUUAUGUAUUGUAGAACAUAUCUUUUGUUAUGUGUAUUUAUCAGUAUUGCAGUCUUUUUUCAGCCCAUCAUUUGUUUUUUUUUUCAACAGCCAUAGGUGUUAUGACUAUCAAGAAAUAAUUAAUAAUUUGCAUUUUUGUUUGAGAGCUUGGUGAACAAAUAUAAUAGUGUAACCCAAUACUUUUUUAUUGAUUAUCAGUGUCAACUUGCAAUAUAGGAAUGUGGUGCUAUAUAAAUUUAAAAUUAUUUGAAACUAGAAAAAAAUAUGAUCAUGCUUUUUUACAGAUAAAGUUGUUGCAUUUAUUGUAAAACUACAAUUUAUUUACAUACUUUUAUAGCCAGUGUUAUCAAAAUAUUCAUGAGUUUUCAGUUUUCAUUCAUGGUGAUAACGUUAAUUGUCAUAUGAAUAUCGCCACAUGAAAUUAAUACAGUACACUCCGUCUUAUCCGGACUCCUCAGGACCGAGGCCAGUCCGGAUAACGGUUUUUCCGGUUAAACCGACAUCCCCAAAAACUUGUUAAAACAGAGCAUUUACUGUGAUAUUCAACUUAAAUUUAGGAGAACAUUGUAUUUAUUCAUGUGAUAACUGGUCUCAAAUCUUUCCCACGAGAACAGUUGUUUCAGGACCGCCCACUUCCUGCUGAUCUAGUCCGGUUAAACCAAUGUGCUGCUAAAAAUUGUCCGGUUAAAGAGAUGUCAUUUCCGCCGAGUGUAGUCCGGUUAAACAGAUGUCCGGUUAAAAGGUGUCCGGAUAAGAGGGAGUCUACUGUAUUGUCAUAUAUGAACUUUCAUAGAUAUUUUGCCAUUACUGUGAAUGGCCUUUUCAGCAUUUGAAUUAAUGUGUUUGGGCUGAUAAUGAAAGCAAAAAACAUCAAAAAUAUCAACUCAAUAUCUCCCUGGUUAGUUUAUGUGAUGCCGCUGAAAUCAUGAGCUAAGGAGAAGAAUGAAGAUGAUAGACUUAACAUGUAAGAAUUCAUGUGUUAAGUAUAAAAGGAGCACAUUGGUUAUAGAUAAUUUAGUUGUUAUAUUUUCAAUUAUAUAUUUAUCUCUUUGGGGUUGUCAUAUAUGAAUCUCUCCACAUCUAAAACCUGUAAGGUUUCGCCGCUUUGUGGAGCAAAGCUAAAUAUUUUCUAAUGAACUUUAAUUUAUAAAAAUUCCAUUUAUUACCUAGACCAUUUAUUACACUUAUUUACUAGAGCCCUUGCCAAAGUAUGCUAUCAACCUUUCUUUAAGUUUACUUUUUCUUUUUAUCAAUAUUGUAGAUUUCAGCCAGCUUCCUGGGGAACUUAUGUUUAAAUAUGCUAACUUCUUAAGCUUUUUCACAAACUCUUUACCAUACAUAUUGUUAGUGGUUAAUUUACUCGACCUAUCCAUUCCUUCCAUUUACAUUGCUCUCUUUCUUAAUGAUUUUCAAAAGCUGUUGAAACAUUCUAGUCAGCCAUCUUGAACUGUAUAUACCAUAUUAGUAUAGUUUUUAUAAUAUAAAUGAAUGUUUUAAGUGGUCAUCCUUGUCACUGAUUUUUACAGGAACAUUUUGUGUGUUGACGGAAAGUUUUUUUUGUUAAAAUGUUACCCUAUUGAUUUUCAUCAAUUCUGGGACUAUCAUAUUUGUUAGGCUACUUGCAUUGCUGGGAACAACCUAUGUACAACUUUGGUUUACACCCGAAGUAUAAAUAUUUUUUAAAAUUAUACUGUAUCAUUAUUAUAGUUUACUACGAAAACUAAUCUGUUAAAUGAUCCAAUCAGAGUAGGUCUUGGAAACAAAAAAGACUGUUAAUUGAUACAUUGUGUGGUUGAGAAUGAGAUUGAAAUGCUCAACCAUCUUAUUACACAAUCAGUACAAGAAAUGUACAUACUUAGCCUUGUAGCAUACCCGUUAUUCAGAUGGUAUUCCUCCCAGAAGAAUAACAACUUUUUAAUAAUAAAGUUAUUUCAUUUUAAA